UAAAUCUUAUCUCUUCCAGCGCUUUUGCCUCCGGAACCCCUCUAUCUGUCCAUCUUCUGUAACACCAAAACCAUGGAAGUGGAGGUCAAGCUACGUCUCCCAGACUCCGCCUCCCACCAAAAGCUCUGCUCCCUCCUCUCCCCCUUCCACGCCAAAACCCUAAUCCAAGAAAACGUCUUCUUCGACGGCUCCAAUUCCGAGCUCUCCUCCAACCUCGCCGUCCUCCGCCUCCGCUUCUCCAACAUCAACAACAACACCGACAAUCCGCACUCUGUCCUCUCCCUCAAGGCCAAACCUGUAAUUUCCGACGGCAUCAGCCGCGCAGAAGAGGUUGAAGAGCCCCUAGACUCCACCCUGGCCCGCGCUUGCAUCGCCGAGCCGUGGCGCCUCUUGUCGGUAGACUCGUCGUCGAUAAUCCGGAGAGUGAAGGACGAGUUCGGGAUGGGAGAGAGAGGCAAAGGACUCGUGUGCUUGGGCGGCUUCAGGAAUGUGAGGGCGGUGUUUGAAUGGCAAGGGUUGAAGCUCGAGGUCGACGAGACGGGAUACGAUUUCGGGACGUGCUACGAGGUUGAGUGCGAGAGCGCCGAUCCGGAGAGGGUUAAGCGGUUGAUUGAGAGGUUAUUGGAGGAGAAUGGGAUCGGGUUUUCGUAUUCCGAGAUGUCAAAGUUCGCGAUUUUUCGGUCCGGGAAGUUGCCAUCGUAACCUCUGUUAAAAUUUUCGGUUGGCAUAUUUAAUUUUGAUGGGAAUUAGUAAAAAAGACGAAACAAAAUGUGUAUGGAAAUCUCUGGUCAGUAAUUUUAUAGUAGAGGAUUUAUUUAUUUAUUUUAUUUAUUUUUUGAGGUUUA